AUGAUGGCAAUACGCCUGCAGAAGGGUCACUGGGUAAGCGUCUCCAUCCCUCUUGUGGUUUUUCCAGGAAACAAAGAGCUGGAGGCCCUUAAAUACACCAAGGUGGCUGCAGCCGCCUGCGUGUCCCGGCAGAAAGCGGAGAGCUGCAUCCAAGGCACCCUAUCCCUGCUCUCUUACUGCCUGGGGAAAGGGGAGAACAUCGCUCUUGCCCUGACGGACAUUGGGGUGUUGCUCAUUGAAGGCAGGAGGGUGCAAAUGAAGUUCUACUACAGCUUCCUGGAGACGUUGUCCGGGAAGGAAAACUUGGGAAAAGCUGUUUUCAAGGUCCCCCAGCUGCUGGACAUGGUGGUGUCCCCAGUGGUGCCCGUGGCCAGCCUGAGCUCCUCUGGCCGUGUCAUCAUCUUUCCCGAGUUUGAAAUGGAGUUUGUGCCCAAACCACUGGCCAGGGAUCUUCUCAAGACCUCGAGACAAGGCCCCGGUGAGGACAAGAAAGUGAGAAGAGACCACUGGUCACCUUUUGGACAAGGCAGGAAAGUGGGAUCUCCUGGUUUUCCCUUUCCUGUUAGUCCAGACGCGGUUAAUGCUGAAAUACCACAGUUCUGGGAAAUCACAGGGCCGAGGAAGAGGAAGAAGUCGCGGGUCAGAACCCCUGCAUCCCCUGGGAUCAUCCUAGUUGGAAAGGACCCCAGGAGGUCCAACAUGGGGACGGCACUUGGGGACACAAGGGCUUGA